AUGGUGGUACGUACCUGUAAUCUCGGUACUCGGGAGGCUGAGGCAGAUCUCCUAGCAGCCCCCAAGGAGAUUGACUGCCUACUUACACAGAAGCUCAUUGAAACUCUGAAAUCCUUUGGGGUUUUUGAAGAGGAACUGCAGCGCAGGAUUUAAAUUUGGGGAAAAUUAAAUAACUUGGUGAAAGAGCAGAUACAAGAAAUCAGUGAAAGAAAGAAUCUUCCACAAUCUGUAAUUAAAAAUGUUGGAGGAAAAAUUUUUAAAUUUGGAUCUUACAGACUAGGAGUACAAACAAAAGGUGCUGAUAUUGAUGCAUUGUGCGUUGCACCAAGACAUGUUGAUUAAAGUGACUUUUUCACCUCAUUCUAUAAGUUGAAAUUACAGGAAGAAGUAAAAGAUUUAAGAGCUGUUGAAGAGGCAUUUGUACCAAAACCCUGUUUUGAUGGGAUACAGAUGGACAUUUUAUUUGCAAGAUUAGCACUACAGACUAUUCCAGAAGAUUUGGGCCUACGAGAUGACAGUCUGCUUAAAAACUUAGAUAUAAGAUGCAUAAGAAAUCUUAAUAGUUGCAGGGUAACCAAUGAAAUUUUACAUCUAGUACCAAACAUUGACAACUUCAGGUUAACUCUGAAAGCUGUCAAACUGUGGGCCAAACGGCACGACAUCUAUUCCAAUAUAUUGGGCUUCCUCGGUGGUGUUUCCUGGGCUAUGCUAGUAGCAAGAACUUGCCAGCUUUAUCCAAAUGCAAUAACAUCAACUCUUGUACAUAAAUUUUUCUUGGUAUUUUCUAAAUGGGAAUGGCCAAAACCAGUGCUAUUGAAACAGCCUGAAGAAUGCAAUCUUAAUUUGCCUGUAUGGGACCCAAGGGUAAACCCUGGUGAUAGGUAUCAUCUUAUGCCUAUAAUUAUACCAGAAUACCCACAACAGAACUCCACCUACAAUGUGUCCGUUUCAAAACGGAUGGUCAUGGUUGAGGAGUUUAAACAAGGCCUUACUAUCACAGAUGAAAUUUUGCUGAAUAAGGCAGGGUGGUCCAAAUUUUUUGAAGCUCCAAACUUAUUUCAAAAGUACAAGUAUGGUCUCCUGUAG